AUGGCGUCAGGUCACAAUGACCCGAAGCUUCUCUACGCCAUCCAGGGCGUGUCUGCCUACCAUCUCGCUUAUGGUAGGGAGGAACCAUUGACGCCUGGCGGCCCCCAGACAUUGUCGCUCUUGAUGGUCCCAACCUCUUCUCCAUUUGCAGACCCCUCGACCUUCGACGCGCAAGCCGAUGCGCCAGCCGAAGACUUCUAUCUCCAUCUCCACCUGCCACCGGAGCUUGAUAUCCCUCUCCCCGCUACCACCCAGAUUUAUCACCAACCUCCCAGGAGCUACCUGAUUCCUCGAUGGGAUCUCGGCCCCGACAGCGGCGCCUUCACUCGCCUCGAAUUUCCCGCUGUAGGAAGUCGUCCUGGUCUCCAGGAAGACGUAGAUACGUUUGAGACAAUCCUGGCGCAAUGCACUGCCUUCCUUGAAAGAGCCCCCCCGCCCAAGGCUGCCAAGAUGCGCGAUGAGAAGCCGUCGCCCUCUCCGGCAACAGGAUCCAAACGCUCCGCAACAGCUUCCGGGUCCAAAUCAAAACCUGUGACCGAGGAGCAGCUUCCCGCCUACAACCCCGCGUCUUAUAAACCCGGCGAGGGAUAUGUCAAGGGCAGUCACAGCUCCGCACACGCCGGUCAGAUUGUGCUUAUCGACGAAGAUGAUGGAAGCAUUAUCGGCGAGUUGUCAGAUGGAUUUCAAAUUGUCGACUCUGGUGUUAAACCCGGAUCCAAGGACCCUGUCGAAAUCACGCUGCCUAGUGAGGGAAACCAGCUGGCCGUGGUACCAGCGUCGGCAGAAACACUCGAGCUGGAGUUACAUCCAGCUUACCAAAAGUCGUUUAUCGUGUCCAAGGCCGCGUAUGCGUCCAGGCUCAUAAUCACAACAUCUGAUUUCGUAACCAACGCCAUGCAAAGCGGGUCGGACAGCUUUACAAAGAACACGAAGGCUUCAAAUAAGCCUUUGACCUUUACGCCGGCUACGCACGAACGAGUGCGUCGGAUCGGUAAAUUCUCUGGGGGGGUAGCAGAAAUGUCAUCCAAAACAGUCGGACAGGUAACCAAGGUGGCCCAGAACCUCGGCGCUCAUCUGGCGGGACGAGGCUAUAAAGACAGGAGCGGGAAAAAGGGAUAUAGCCCCGACGGCCAACCUUUAGAUAACUUCAAACCGGGUCUCCUCAACAAAAGCUUGAUGGCUUUCACGACGGUAGCGGAUGGAAUUGAUCAUGCGACUAGAAGUCUCCUCACUUCGGCCUCUACUUCGGCCACGACUAUGGUGACACAUCGAUGGGGUGAUGAAGCAGGGGAACUUUCCAAGCAUCUCGGCGGCAGUGUAAAGAAUGUCGGGCUUGUCUACGUGGAUGUUACAGGCGUGUCUCGAAAAGCCAUCAUCAAAGCAGUUGGGAAAGGAAUGGUUGUUGGAAAAGUCAAGAUUGGCAAUGGCCAGACCGCUGAUGUUGUAGUUGGCGAUGAUGCCAGGCCCACAGCGCCGGUGCGCAGUACAAGUGGCUCGAUACGCAAGGACUCGGCAAGCAUCAGUGGUGCGUCCACAAGAACAUCACCAAAAUAG